AUGAAAAUUAUGGACUUUUCUCGUUACGGUACGGCAAGCAAGGAAUGGCUCGACUUCGUUUCUCGAAACCCCCAGGCAUCUCGAGACGGCUAUAAUGAUAACGACAUACAACUGGCCUCCCAGCUCCGUGAGUCGGCAAACAAGGCACGAGAAGCAACAUCUCAAAGACUUCUAAGCCAGCAUGAUCUUCACAAGAAGGUUAAUAUCUCCACAUUGUCUAUUCCUUCUCGAGGGAGUCACUCUAUUCCCCUACGCCGGUACUCGCCAUCCUCCUAUAACCAAAAUGGAGAACGAGCAGAGAAUCUGGCUCGAUGUCUCGUAUACUUCCAUGGCGGUGGCUUUUUGUUUGGAUCUGAGACAACCGACGACUACCUGUGUGCGACAAUGGCAGAUUCCUUGAAGAUAGUCAUUAUAAGUGUCAUCUACAGACAUACGCCGGACUGGCCCCAUCCAUCACAAAACCAAGAUGCGGAGGACGCCAUGUUGUAUAUUGAGAAGAGUGCAACAAAUCUCGGUAUCGAUAUUCCUUCAGGGCUUGGUGUGCUGGGUAUCUCGGCCGGCGCGGGGCUCGCAGCAGCCAUGGCCAUACGUGAUCGUAGUCAUCUCCGGGUGAUCUCUAGCGUCACUCUAAGCAUUCCAUGGCUCAUCCAUGUUGAGAAUUAUCCCUUCGAGUUGUUUGAGUCCCCAGAAAACUCUUCCAAGAUCCAGUGCCGUGACGCUCCUGUGAUUCCAUGGCCGCGGCUAAAGAUGUUCAGCAAUCUUGUCGACGGUGGGAACAAUAACAGCUUGAACAAAGAUCCUUUAUUAAAUGCAGCUCUGAGAGCGGACGAAGAGCUUCGUGGCUGGCCCAAGACGGCCAUUUUGGUAGCUGGUAUGGAUCCGUUGAGAGAUGACGGACUGUUAUUGGCGACGAGAUUGAAGGCCCUGAAGUCGACUCCCGGCAUCAAUGUAUUGAAUGCGACGGUACUCGAACCUGAAGCUUUGAAUGCCACUGGUAUCCUCAACAUUUAUACACUCUGUCAAGUCCAAGGAACCAUCACGUAUGCAGCCGGGGGCAACGAUACGCCCGAUCCCAAAGGCAAGAAUACUCUCACCUGGGAACUAUAUUUGCCAAUCAACUCGGAAUAUAAUGGACGAUUUAUGGUGGUGGGAAACGGCGGAUACGCCGGUGAGAUUGUCGAUUCCGCGAUGAUGGCCCAACUCAACUUGGGGUACGCCGUGGCCGGUUGUGACAGCGGUCAUUCGCUUGCUGACAGCGGGAACACCACAUAUGCUCCAUUCCUGGCUGACAAGGCUAUGGUGAAAGCCUGGAUUCAUAACUCUAUUGCCAUGAUCACGCCAAUCACUAAAGCCCUGACCACGGAAUACUAUGCCAAGAGUCCGGAAUUCAGUUACUAUUACGGAUGCUCAACUGGUGGCGGCCAAGGGUACGCCCUAGCCCAGUAUCAUCCAGACUUGUUUGAUGGAAUCUACGCUGGAAGCCCUGGAAACUGGUAUAGCCAUCUGAUCCUCAGUUUCCUCUGGAAUGGGUUGCACACGGCAGGCAGCGGAUACAUGAGCCAGGAUGCCUUGAAUUUCAUUACAGAUAGCGUGGUGGCUGCGUGCGAUGCACUCGAUGGGGUCGUGGACGGGUUGAUUGAGAAUCCCUUGAAUUGCAAUUACAACAUCACUCAACUCGAGUGCAAAUCCGGUCGGAAUCCUAUCAGUGCGAGCGGGACUGUUGUGUGUCUUACUGUUGACCAAAUUAAAGCCGUACAGGCCAUAUAUGCCGGCCCCAAAAACUUGGUCACCGGCGGCGAGGUUUAUCCUGGGAUGAGCCUGGGCUCGGAAAAUGGCUGGAUUUAUCAGGAGACCACGCUGUAUGAGUACUAUUCCCGGCUCAUUCUCCAGGAGCUCGUCUUCGAUGACCUGGCAUACAACGUCUCCACCUUCAACUGGGGCACAGAUGUCCGCAAAGUGGACGAGCUCGCGUCGCCUUUGAUUGACGAAAUUUCUCCGGACCUCUCCGCCUUCCGGAAGAGUGGUGGGAAGCUGAUUACCACCCAGGGUUGGGCAGAUCAGUUCAAUGCGGCCAUCUGGCCCAUCCUGCACCUUGACCAGAUUCGAGCAAGGAUGACUGGAGUCGAUAUCGACGACUUCAUCGAGGUUUUCAUGGUUCCUGGAGGUGGACACUGCGGCGCAAACCCAGAAUAUCCACAUGUACCAGGGACUUAUGACGUUCUGGACGUCCUGGUUCCGUGGGUAGAGCAGGGAACCCGGCCGCUGCAGAUGCUGAGCACCACGCCUCCAGAUGGGACCAAUACCACGCGUAAACUCUGCCCUUGGCCGAGUACGGCGCAGUAUGUGGCGGGAAAUAUCGAUGACUGGACCUCUUACAUCUGUGCCUAA